AUGCCCAAGCCUCAACCUCACGUUGACCCAAUCCAGGCGGCCAUCUCAACAUGGCUUUCCAACCUCGAAGCGCCGCAAGAUGCGGACACAGUAACCUGGAAACGAAGUCUCUGCGAGAAUGCGCCUAAACGAUUUACUAUUUACGAGCCCAUGGCGCUGUUACCCGCCGGCAGCUUCACCAAUAGCUCAUGGGCCACGGAGCUGCAACGGCAAAAUGAGCAAACCACCAGCGCACUCUGGGAACUGAUCCUCCAACAUAUCUCAAAAACCGGAAAAUCAACACUAAAACUAACACAUUUAGCCAUCAACGAAGGUAUUCCCCCGCAGAAUCAAGACGGAACAUACGAAAACGUCAUCCGCAGCCCCAGCGGCUUGCGAAUUUUACACGGUGACUUCGGCCCAGCCGCACCAAGCAAUUCCCCGUCCAAGGAAGAUUUCGAGCAAGCAUUCUGGGUAUCUACCAAGCAAAACGGCAUACACCAAACCUGGGCUCCCCGCUGGACAAUGUUCAGUCGGGGCAACGUCAAGGAAAAAGCCCGUCUGCUGCAGUUCCCUCCCGCACGCAAGGGUGGUGGAACUCGUGAGAAAACACACGACACAUGGGCGGUGGACUUAUACGCCGGAAUCGGGUAUUUCACCUUGUGCUACGCAAAGCUAGGCAUGCGGGUGCUCUGCUGGGAGCUUAAUCCCUGGAGCGUGGAGGCCCUUCGUCGUGGAGCGCAGUUGAAUAGGUGGAGUGUAGAGGUUAUCCAGGGAGAGGGACUGAAACGGUCUACAGUUGAGAUCAUGAAAAGUACGGCGACUAUUGUGGUGUUUUCGGAGAGUAAUGAGAAUGCGCGGUGGAGAAGCGAGGAGAUGAAGAGAGGAGGAUGGCUUCGGGAUGUGAGGCAUGUUAAUUGUGGAUUACUGCCUACCAGUAGAUUAACGUGGGAUAUUUCGCUGUUUCUGACGAGGACGGCGACCAUGGAUGGCGGAGAGGCAUGGCUGCAUCUUCAUGAGAAUGUGGGUGACGCUGAGAUUGACACGAGACGGGACGAGAUACAGGCUCUUUUGCGGGAUAAUGAAGAAGAGAAGCAUCUGGGCAGGGUGAUAACGGCGGAGGAGGUGGAAAAGGUCAAGACGUAUGCGCCCGGGGUGUGGCAUUGCGUUUUUGAUGUGCGUAUUGUUACAAAGUCAGAUAACACAUGA